UAGAGAGAGGAGAUAUAGUGGUGGGAUGAAGGUGAAGAAGAAGAGAUAUGGCGAAGGUAGAGUGGGGUUAUCAAGGAAGAGGUAAAUUGGCGUUUUCGUACAAGAAAACCACUCUCAUCAUUUGCUCUAUCAACAUUAUCGUUGCUCUCUAUGUUCUUCGAUCUCUAUAUGCUUCUCUCUACCUCUAUACGGAUAAUGAUUCUCGAAGUGUUGUAAAGUACACUCCGGAUCAGAUUAGGAAAAUGGAACAGUUUAUUCGGAUUCGUCGGGCCUCUAAGCCUGUAGAGCUCAUUAAAUUUGUUAAGGAGCUUAAAGAAUUCUCCCAAGAAGAAACGGUGAAUGAAUUGCCUCAACCAUUGAAACAGAAGAUAACUGAGGAAAUUCUUCUGAAAUUGAGAAGCUCAAAUACUAGCUCCAACAGUACUCAGCAGAGAGAAGCAGUAGAAAGCUGGAGAAAGGAAAAGUUGGAAGAAGCAAGGAAGUUAAUCACAGAACAAACUAUUGAAAAUUCAACUCUUUCUUCUGAAGAUGCUGGGAUUCUAGUAAAAGCCUUGGAGACUGAUUGGGCAGUGCUGGCUGAAGAAAUUGGUGUGUGGAUACCAUCGGAGAUCUUCAACAGGGAGCAUGAUGAUAAGCCUGAAGACGCAGAUGAAUUCGAUGGUGAAGUUUUACCUGGCAGACCACUUCCACCUGAAUGUAACGCCGAGCUCCAUACAGAUUACGGUGGUGCUGCUGUAAGAUGGGGCCUAACACAUCAUAAACAAAGUGCAGCAGAUUGCUGUCAGGCUUGCUUGGAUCAUGUGAAACGAGCGCAACCAGGUGGAAGAAAAUGCAACAUCUGGGUUUACUGUCCAUCUGAGACUGGAUGCCACUCUCCUGAUAUCUAUGAGCAUAAAUAUAUGGAGUGCUGGCUGAAAUAUGCUGAAACUCCCAAACUGAAUUUCAAGACCUACUAUCCACAAUCUUACAGAAACUCACACCCGACCGCCCCGCUGAUCGUCCCUUGGGCCUCUGGUGUUAUUAGCGUUUAAUUGUACGACAAAUCAGGCAAGAAACUUCCACUAAAAUGAUUGUGACUUCCCUUGUCUUUCUUACAUUUGAGUAUCAUUGUCCAUAGAGUUGUAUGAAUGAAAAUUUUGAGGGCUGUUUAGGGGACUAUAGCAGUUGAUUGAAUGUUCUGUUUGAUUCAUAUCUGGCUUACUUUCAUGUAA